UCAACUCUUAUAUUUAAAUAAAUAAAAAGAAAUUCUGCUUGCGAAAUGUUUUGCUUUCGAUUCUGUUCUCUGUAAAAUGGCCGACUUAGGAAGACGUGCAGAAUCAUAUUCUCCUAAAUCGAGCCCUAGAGGGUCUCGUUCUCCUGUUGUUCCUCGGCAAGAUUCAACUGGAACCUUAAAAACGACGAUUUCACUAGGAAAAGGCAAAACUCCUGCAAUCUGGCAUAGUGGACCAUUCUAUCUCAUGAAAGAACCGCCAAAAGGGGAAUUAACUGGAGCUACCAAUUUGAUGUCUCAUUACAACUUAGAACAUUCCUAUAAUAAGUUUUGUGGCCGUAAAAUGAAAGAUCAAUUAAGUGCUUUCUUACCAAAUCUGCCAGGCAAUAUUGAUGGACCGGGAAGUCAAGAUAACAGUUGCUUAAAAUCUCUAAUUGAUAAGCCACCUAUUGGGGGAAAAGAACUUUUACCACUUACUGGUUCACAACUCUCUGGCUUUAGACUACACCCUGGACCGCUUCCAGAGCAAUAUAGACUAAUGAGUCAACCACCACUGAAAAAGAAAAAGCAUAAAAAACACAAACACAAAGGCAAUGAAACUCCUACUCAAGAAUCUCAGCAAGAGGUAUUAAAACCAGCUGUGUUUGUGCCAGAAACAAGUAAUGAAGGUCAGCAUGAGAAAAAACACAAGAAACAGAAAAGGCAUGAUGAGGAGAAGGAGAAAAAGAAGAAGAAAAAAGAAAAGAAGAAAAAGAAAAAGCAUUGUCCUGAUACUUUAACGGGAACACCAAUCAAUGCAACACCUGGUACUAUGCCACAUUCAAACAUGCCUCCGAAGCCAUUGUGAAAGGAUAGAAAAGGAAAUCAACAUUCUAGUGCUAGAUCAAAAAUUGUUUCAAAAUCGCUUAUGUAUUUGUUUUUUAAUAUUGUAUAGUUAUACAUUUUAUAAGUGUUUCAAAUAUGAACAAGAUUAUUAAAUAUUUAUAUCACA